AUGCCUGGUAAGGGAAUGCGUAAGCGAGUUGAAGCCAUAGAGGUCGAGGAGCCGGCGUUCAUCAAGCGGUUCCGCGAGCAGUCUGGCAUGCGGCCGGAAGCCAACAUCAAGAGCAAGAGAGCAAAGCGCGAAGUGGCUACUGGCGAUGACUUUCGUGACCGUGAAGACGAGGCACCGCAGGUUGUUGCUGGCGUGGGUGUUUCGGAAGAGGAGGCGAAGAAAUUCGUGGAGGAGAACCUCGCUAGAAAGCGACCAGAAGAAAAAGCCGACGCAGAAGCAGCAUCCCACGCAGAUGACGCCGAAAAUUCGGGCAAAAUUCUUUUCCGAAAACCCAAACCCCGAAAUAACGAAUCAAAUGAAAAGAAAUCCGGAGCAGGUAAAGCCACUAUGGAGAAAUUAAAGAAGAGAACGAAAGACGACAAGAGCAAAGAAAGUGGAACUUUGUCUUUUAGCUAUGAUGAUGAUGAUGAUAAUGAUUGA